UGCGGUCGAAGCACAAAGACAUUCAAGUCCACUCUCACUGUUACAUAUUAUAUUAUACACACGGGGUACCUACCGCGAAAUAAGAAAAUAGAAUUACCAACUACUGCAUAGUACCUGCACCAUUCGUUACGCUUUAGGGUAAACGGAGUGCGUCGUUUAGCAGCUACUCGCGUUCGCGGAUUAUUGCGGUGGAUUCUGGAUUUUAGUGAAGAGUUAUGAAGAUGAUAAGUAGUACAGGGUGGCUGCCUUUCCUUAUAACAGGAAUUGUAUUUGUCGCAGAAAUACAUGCUAGGAAAAUAAGAGUCCAGCCACGACUACUACCACAAGAGGAAGCCGACGAAAGUAUUCAGUAUUAUGCUGCGGAACCACAAGAAAGCGUUGAUAAUAGGCAAAGGGUUGUUUUAGUAUCAUCUGCUGACCAAUACAACGGCCUAUAUGGCCAGCAAAAUCCAUCUUCAAGACGACAAGAUGAAGGCUACAACCCAAGAGGUUCUGCCAAGCCCCAGUACGUAGCCCAACGGGUAAAGGAGGUUCCCAAAGAUCCACCAGUACAGACCAUUAGGAACUAUAACAAAGUGAACGAUGACGGCUCCUUCACGUUCGGCUACGAAGCAGCCGACGGUAGUUUCAAGGAAGAAACCAGAGGUACCGACUGUGUGGUUCGCGGUAAAUACGGCUACAUAGACCCGGACGGUAACAAAAGAGAGUUUAACUAUGUUUCCGGAAAUCCUUGCGAUCCUAACGCUCCCAAAGAGGAGGAAGAAGAUGAGGCACCCGAGAGUGAUGGUCCUGAAAAUAUCCCGGCCAACUACCCCAGUAGGCCAAUCAGGCCCGAAAGCAUCCCUGCUAACUACCCUAGUAGGCCAAUCAGACCGAUCCCAAGGCCGGUGAGCACAGUCGCACCCAAACCAGUGACACUUUUCCAAAAUAAAUACGAGCAAACCGAGGAGGAACAGCCUGAGCCUGAACAAAUUUUGCGGCCCACUCCAACUCCUGUAAGAAGCAGGCCUCAAUACAUCUCGAGACCGCAAUAUGUAGAGCCUGAGCAACAGAUUGAGUAUCGUCCUAGACCGCAAGCACCGGUACCCUCGAGUACUCCAGUGUCUACCUUAUAUAGGCAACACGUUCAACCAAUAACGAUUACCCCGAGACCAGUGUUGCAAACGGCAGCACCAACUAUUCCUACAAGAGCUCAGCUUCCGGCAACCACAUAUAGACCUCAGCAGUCUGUAUCAGUUACUCCAAGGCCGGCCCUAUUGUAUACCCCCAAGAAUGUGGCACCCACGCCAGCUCCUAAUAAGGCGAUCGAUUUCGAUGCCGAAUUCCAGAGAUUCCAACAGGAGAACAACUUUUUGAGUCCGACUGCAGGAAAAGCGAAUGUUGGCCAAAUAUAUAACUCUGCUUUAGUUUAUGACCCAACAACAGGUCAAUACAAGAACCAGCUGUACCAAACGUUACCGCAAUCGGAGGGUCAGUUCUCGUUCAACCAAAGGAUACAGCCGUACGUGCAUACAGCCCAACAGCAAAAACAAGUUCCCACAGUAAGUCUACAGCAACUUCAGCCACAAAAUCAGGCGACCUACAGACAACAGGUGCAACAGAUCAAUCCUCAGGCAGCUUACCACGCGCAACAAGCGGAGCUUCAGUUCCAGAACUCAGCUCAGCUCUAUGCUCAGCAACAGAAAGCUAGGGAACAGCAACAGCAACAGCGACAGUACGUUCAAUCCACAACUGUGACACCGGCGGUGUAUUAUAUUCAACCAUCGGCCGACACUACCGGAGCCCUUGGAGCUGGUCAGAUCGAUGCAUUUUUAAGGGGGCAUAACAUUCGAUUUUAGAAGAAAACUGCAAAGGGUUGAUGUGUGCUAUACGUCGGUGAUAGAUUGUAAAUACUUCUGAGUUGAUUUUACGUAAAGUUCUGGGGUGCUUGAACAUGUUUGUAGCGGUUUUCUUGCACCCUUUUCAGAGCUAUUUUUACUCACUAAAGCCAGUUGACAUUGUGCCUUAAUUAUCUGCCUGUUUUGACGACCAGUGUUAACUUUACCAACUUGAUUAUUUAUUUUUUAUGAUUUUUAUAUUAAUAGUUAAGUUAGUUUGUAAAUAAAUUAGAUGGAAAUUUUAAUAGAGGCGAGGAUGUAAUGCCAAGUCAAUGCUAUUAUUUGUUAUCUUUUACGUAUUAAUAUAGAAAUGUUAACCAUUUUA